AUGAAUGGGGACCUCAGUCUGUCGAGGGCCCUCGGAGGAUUACGAAUAGCCAAUCCAGACGAUUCGUCUCCGAACAACCUGUCAGAUGGAGGCGCCCUGUCUCCAACCGUUGACCAACCCGAUGCUCAUUCAGCACCCUCCACUGCCCGGCAUGGCACGCAACAACAACCCAUCGCCUCGCAUGCUUCGAUCCCGAUCUCAGAUAGCCUUCUGUCCCCCGUAUCCCACAUUCAGUCUCCCGAACAACUCGGCGCUGCCCCGGAUGCUAUGCCCGCACACGCCGAAUCGCACCGAACGAGCCCUAGCGCUGCCAUGCGAGCUGAAGUCUACCGUCAACCUGUAUCGUCAUACCCAGACCCCGAGAGAGCCCCAGGCAGCUCGGCAUCCCCAACUGGCCGCCCAAUGUCCGGCAUGUACGCGCAUCCUCCCACCGCGUCUGAGGAUGGACGCUUGUUGCAGCACCAAACUGCGUCACAGAACGAACGAUCACGAUCUUCCGUGUAUGGCCUUCUAGCAAGACAGGAUUCUGGUAACGGCCCUGGCUACCCAUCAUCAAUACCUACAAGAGAGCCAAGCCACAGGUCUACAAACCCUCGCCAAUCUCAACUGCCUCCUGGUUCUGGACCACUGCCGCCGAGGAGGAGCUCCAAAGGCAUGGGGGGUGGAUACGUCUCAGCGACUACAGCUUCUCAGCCUUCACGAGAUCCGUACGGCCCCGACAUGCCACUCCCUACCAGCAGCGAGGAAUGGAAAGACCGCGGUGCUGCCAUUGGCGUCAGGAGAGAGACGGACGCGAAUGGGAAGACAGUCAUUCGACACGUCAAAAAAGGAGUUAGGGACUUCAGUUUUGGUCGAGUGCUCGGCGAAGGCUCGUACAGUACGGUCUAUUUAGCCACUGAUCGACAGACGCUCAAAGAGUAUGCCAUCAAAGUUCUGGAAAAGAAGCAUAUCAUCAAGGAAAAGAAGAUCAAGUAUGUCAACAUCGAGAAGAACACCCUGAACCGCCUCACGGAACACCCAGGCAUUGUGCGCCUUUACUACACAUUUCAAGACGAAGCAUCACUGUACUAUGUCCUCGAUCUCUGCAACGGUGGCGAGCUCCUCGGUGUUCUCAAAAAGACGGGCACAUUCGAUGUGGAGUGCACACGUUUUUACGGUGCGCAGAUAUUGGAUGCAAUUGACUACAUGCACUCAAGAGGGGUUAUUCACCGAGACUUGAAGCCCGAAAACGUUCUCUUGGAUGACCACAUGCAUGUCAAGAUCACCGAUUUUGGGACAGCCAAACUGCUAAAGGAUCCCAGAGAGUCACAGAUCGCAGGUGAGGGAGCAAGGGGUCUUUCUGAAAGCAGCCGUGGCGACAUCGAGGAUGAUGGCCGGGCAGCAUCGUUCGUAGGAACCGCCGAGUAUGUGAGCCCUGAACUUUUGACGAGCAAAAAUGCUUGCAAGGCAAGCGAUCUCUGGGCUUUCGGAUGCAUAGUAUACCAGCUGCUGGCCGGCAGGCCACCGUUCAAGGCGGGCACGGAAUACCUCACAUUCCAGAAGAUUGUUAAUCUCGAGUACGAUUUCCCCAGUGGAUUUCCCCCGGCAGCACGGGACUUGGUGGAAAGGUGCUUGGUGCUUGACCCAGCCCGGCGUCUUACAGUGGAGCAUAUCAAGAACCACGAAUUCUUUGACGGGCAACAGUUCGGCAAGGGACUGUGGAGAACCAAAGCUCCGCGACUGCGACCUUAUAACCCCGCGCCACAGGAACCGAAUUUGAUUCAGCUUAAUGGUACGGCCGGCAGUCCGAAUCCUGUUGCCCCUCCUAAAACAUCACAGCCGCCGGCUCAAAGCUCUACUGCGAAUGGUGGUUGUCGUCCAGCCAGGAUCAUAACCGAGCUACCUCCUCCAACUCAGCUGGAUAUCGAAUGGUCCCCUAUCUUGACACGGAAUAAUGAGAGAAUUCUCAAGUUGGGCGACUUGAUGGUCGUGUCAAGCCCACUGCCCAAUGGGGGUCAUGGCAAAGGAGGUGAGCAUGAUGGACACAAGAAGCUGUCGAGGUUUUUCGGCGGCAGCACAACGAAGAAGAGACAAAGAUUGGUCAUGGUCACAUCAAGUGGUCGAAUACUGCUGGCUCCGGCUGGCGGGGACGAGAAGCGUGCAAAGCAGGAGAUAUCGCUCUUGUCGCCCGAAAGCUCAUGGAGAACCCAACUUGACGUCAAAGGGCAAACAGUUUGGUGCGUCGAUGCGGGCGGCGUCCAUUACACGUUUGAGGAGCCGAAGGGCAGCACCAGCUCCCCCGACAAUGGUUCUACAGCCGAGGACUGGAUCGAGUCAUUGGAAAGAGCCAGGGAGUUGGCGGUUUCUCAAAACCUUGUUGGUAGCUAUGCUGGUGACAAUGGUUUUGCGGACAUGUCGUCAGCAGUAUCGAGUCCGGCAAGGCCGAUCAUGCCUCCAGGACAUCACCAACAAGCAGCCAUCAACCAGGCGACUAUAGCGCAACACCAUGCCCCGGGUCAGGCCCUUACGAGCGAGCUAGCAAAACGUCGCAGUCGAAAGCCUACCGAUAAAACGUUGCCAGACGGCGUCGAGGACUGCAUCACAGAUUCUGAGGUCGCCCAGAGAUACAAGGAAUUGCGCGACUUCGAGCGCCGCCUCGAUGCGACUAUGACACGCAAACGCCUUGACAUCGUCGAGGCUGUUGGUCGCAAUGCAAAGCGGCAUAAAACCCUGCGAGUCUGGAUUAGCAACACCGUCGAAGACCAGGCAUGGCAAGGCAGCGGACUUAGCGUCGACAGCUUCGAUUUCACACCAAGUGCUGAGCCUUCCUAUCGCGUCAAGAUUGAAGCUCGUUUGCUUGACGAUGACCAGGACGAAUCUGUUGAGGAUGUUGCCCAGAACGAAGAUCGAAUGGACGAGGAUGACGCCCCCAGCUCAAGACGUCAAAGCUCAGCCCCGGCGCCGCAGAAGUGUCGAUUCUCGCGCUUCUUUAAGGCUCUCAACGUUGAGUUUGAUCGAAGCCGCUCACGAGCGGCAUCCGAUCAGACUGUUGAAUGGAAGAGGCAGUCUGCACAGAAUGCUACGAACGUCUCAGACUUCGACGAGUUUACCUUCAAAAGGAGUGGGGACGAGAACAUGAACAUCACUGUCAACUUGCAUCGCUUGGAGGACCCAGAACGAUACCUUCUAAGCCCCGAGCUGGCUGAAGUUGUGGAUAUGACCGAGGCGUCCAGACAAGAGGCUGUUCUAGCUGUGUGGGAGUAUAUCAAGAUGAUGGGCUUGCAAGAAGACGAGGAGAAACGUAACUUUCGCUGCGAUGACCUCCUAAGAAAAAUUAUCAAUGGCAAUGACGUGGGCAUGAUUCCAAACCUGAACGACUACAUCCAGCCUCACCUACGACCUCUUCCCCCAAUUAGUCUACCGUACACGGUUCGAGUGGAUGAGACGUUCCAUCAGGAUCCUCAGCCCACGGUUUAUGACGUACGGGUCGCUAUUGAGGAACCCCUUCGAUCCAAGCUGGUGCCUUUUGUGGCUAACCCAGCCUAUGCGAGUGCUCUGAAGAAUGUGGCUACUUUGGAUGAGCAGUUGGCGACACUGGUCUCGGCGAUUGCCAGCUCGAAGGCGAAACACUCGUUUUUCACAUCCAUGAGCCAAGAUCCAGCAAACUUUGUGAGAAACUGGAUCAGCUCCCAGAAACGAGAUUUGGAGGUAAUCAUGGGGGAGGCGACAAGAGGAGGCGGAGAAGAUGCAACCGGCGACGACUGGCGGCGGGGCGGAAAGGAAAGUGUAUGGACCUCCUCGAACGCGCGAGAGAGUGUUAGUGUGAUGCUGGCGAAGCAGCCGACUCAGGCCUCUCGCUGA